GUUUCCACGCCAGGAAGCAGGAAGAGGCUCGGUGGCGGCGGCUCCUGGCCAUUAGUGUCUGCGUGGGAGGCGAGUGGGAAGCUGGUCCUGUCCUCUGCUGCCUGCCGCUGUGUGUGUGUGAAGUGUGUGUCCCUCCAUCCAUGUCCCCUGUGUGAACAGCUGCUCUGUCCGCAGUCCUCAGCUGUCCGGACCCCCUCCUGCGCCCUGGGAUGAGUUUUAAGAAGCGAAGCGUGAAGAGGGAUGACAGCAAAAAGGGUGCCAUGCAGGCACGAGGCAUCCCUGACGGCCUGGACUCCCCGAGCCGGUUGUCUGUCAUAAACGUUCCAGAGCUGGACCCCAUCCUCACAGACUUCAAGUUACAGCUGCCGGGAAACGGCGACGCCGAGGGGUCAGUGAAUCCUUCAUCAAAUGGCUGCUCUCGGUCCGACCUGUCUGUGGCUCUGGAGGAUUGCAUGGCUGCCCUUGAUCUGUUUCUCAGAAAUGACUUUGAGGAGGCGCAGGCCCGCCUUUUGAGCAGAUCCAAAGACAGCAUGUACCACGCUUUGACCUACGCCACUAUUUUAGAAAUGAAGGCCAUGAUGACCUUCGAUCCCCAACACAUUCUGACUGCGGGCAGUACUAUGAAGGAGGCGCAGGUUCUCUGUCAGAGACACAGAAGGAAGUCAACUUUCGCAAAAGGCUUCACGGAAGAGGAACUCCACGCGGAGGUUUGCUACGCCGAAUGUCUCCUGCAAAGGGCAGCGCUCACCUUCCUUCAGGAUGAAAACAUGAUUAACUUCAUCAAAGGAGGUAUUAAAGUCAGGAACAGCUACCAGACAUACAAAGAGCUCCAUACCGUCCUGAAGUCUGCUGCAUACACUCAAGGAGACAAUCACGGUCACUUUGAAGGCGGCGUUAAACUGGGAGUCGGAGCCUUCAAUCUUAUGAUUUCCAUGCUGCCCACACGGACACUAAAGCUGCUGGAGUUUGUGGGAUUCUCCGGCAAUAAGGAAUUCGGUCUCCAGCAGCUCCAGGAGGGCUCUGCAGAAAGCACCUUCAGGUCGUUCCUGUGUAACAUGCUCUUGCUGUGUUAUCACACGUUCAUGAGCUUCAUUUUGGGCACUGGGGAGGGAGACGUUGAGGAUGCGGAGAAGCUUUUGAAACCAUAUCUGGAAAAAUACCCUAAGGGAUCCAUCUUUUUGUUCUUUGCUGGUCGAGUAGAGGAGAUUAAAGGCAACCUGGAUGCUGCUAUCAAGCUCUUCCAGGAUUGCUGUGAGGCGCAGCAGCAGUGGAAGCAGUUUCACCACAUGUGCUACUGGGAGCUGAUGUGGUGCUUCACAUACAAGAGGCACUGGAAGAUGGCCUACUUCUACGCUGACCUGCUAAGCAAGGAGAACACCUGGUCCAAGGCUACCUAUGCUUACAUGAAAGCAGCCUAUCUCAGCAUGCUGACUGCAGAUGACUGCCUUACCUUUGGGGAGACUGCACUAACUCUGUUCAGGCAAGUGCCUGGGCUGAAACAGAAAAUUGCAGGAAAAUCCUUGCCAACAGAGAAGUUUGCAAUCAGGAAAGCCCGCCGCUACUUUGCAGAAAAUCCUGUUCCUCUUCCAGCUCCUCCACUGGAGAUGAUGUACAUCUGGAACGGCUACACUGUCAUCGGGAAACAUAAAGACCUUACCGAGGGCAUGCUGAAAAUCCUGGAAGAAGCGCAGGAAACAAUCGAAAGCUUCCCAAGGACAGAGUACACCAUAGAUGAUAAGUGUCUGCUGAGCCUUUUGAAGGGCCUUUGUCACAAACACCUGGGACACCAAGAGGAGGCUGAACACUACUUUACCCUCGUCCUCUGCAAUGAGUCUCAGAUAAAAUAUGACCACUACCUGGUACCUAAUGCCCUACUUGAGCACGGUCUGCUGUGUCUGGAGCAAGGCAGAAAAGACGAAGCUGUUAAACUACUGGAAACAGCAAAGAACAAUUACAAAAACUACUCCAUGGAAUCACGGACGCACUUCCGGAUCCAGGCUGCUUUGCACAAAGCUAAGGGAACUGGGGUGAACGGCGUCCAUGUUCCUUCCAGUCCAUAACGGACAGAAGAGGGCACACGAGUGUAGUGACAGCUUGCUGUGCCUGCAGUCCCACAGUGCAACACCCAGCCUGGCCAGCCACCGCCCGUUAUGGCUGAAGAGUUUAUUUUAUUUGCUCAUCAAACAUGGAGGCUUUGUUUUUUUUUUUUUUUUUUUUUUUUGGUCUUAUGCGUGCCAUACGCGUAGACAUCUGCAGCUCUGACUGGCCUUAACUGACUUCUCCUUCUGAUUUCUAUGCCUUUUUUUUUUUUUAAUAUGACAGAGCUUCACUUCCUGAUCUGAUUUAAAACCGAAAUGAGUUGAGAAGUGGGUCGUGUGUUUAUGAAACACUGUGGUCUUUCACUGUGACUACUCACAAUGAGUGCAAAAGAGAAGCGAACAAGGUCAGAUUUCUCUGAUGUAAACUUACAGUAGAAAUCUACCACUCCAGUCCUCAGGAGUUACGGUCCUGCAGCUUUUAGAAGCGUCCGUGCUCCAGCACAGUCUAAUAAAACGGUUGAAUUACCUCUUCAGCAUGCCGUCUGGCAAAGAUCUGGUAACCAGGCAUCCAUUUGCUCCGGGCGUGUUGACAAAGGGAUGCAUCUAAAAGCUGCAGGACAGGGGCUCUCAGGGAGUGGAGCUGAAGACGCCUGAGCUGGUAUAAAUAUGCCCGGGUUUGAAGCCAGAUCUGAAGGAGAACAAUUGGUCACAAUAUUUUCAAAUUUCUUUUGAAGUUCGUUAAAUACAGAUUAUUAUCACGGUAACAUGAUUAUUUUGUGAUAAAGUUAUCAGAAUCUAAUCAUGCAGAUUUUUGCCAUGUAUCAAAAUCCAUGGCCACCUUAACCAAAUUUUACAUUUUAUUUUCUUGUUAAGAUAUUUUAGGUUUUUGUAUGUACACUAUAUAAUUGGUUCUCUGUGUUUGCUGGAAUCAUUUUUUUUAGUUCUUUGAGCUAUAUUGAAUACUGGAUAGAAUGAAUUUAUGAUUUUAUUCCACUUGUUUAGUCUCCUUUUGCAACCUGAAACAAUCACUUCCAAAACACCCUGGCUAUUUAUUCCCUCUUUGCACAUACUUUUGCAAACUACUGAAAUAACUCUCAACUUCCCAAAGUCAAAAAAGCCAGCAAGACUUGCAGACAUUCUUUAGAUUUACCUACUGUAAACGGCACCUUUUUUUUAAACAGAUCGUCCUGUUUUAAGAGGACAGAGGAACGUGUCUUUCAGAAAGGCAGACUCCCUCCUUUUCGCCUCCUGGUGUGUGGGACUGGUUCCAGUGCUACUUGAGCUUGAACAAACGGGCCUUUCAAAGCGAUCGGGGCUGUGCGCUUGUCCUCCUGCUGCAUCGCUUUACAAGUUGAAGGAAACUCUUAAAACCGCCACAAACCACUACAGCGUUUACAGAUUCUGAGAACCAUCUGUUGACAUCCUCUGCUGCGCCCCUAUGAGCCACCUCUUCCCUAGAACUACACACAGAAGGACCCAAAAGUUACAACCGCAUCCUGCUACAAA